UCCUCUUCAGGAAGCAGAGCAGGAAAAUGGGAGGUGUUAAUCAGCUCUAUAAACAGAUGGACAGUCAGGAUGACUGGACACACUCCUCUACUCACACUUCAACUCCUCAGUGAUCAGACGUCAUGAUGCAGUUCAUUCAUCUCUGUCUGGUUCUGGCAACAGUCCAGCUGCUCUUGGUCUCAGCAGAGGUGAUACCUUUGCCAGAGGGAGUCAACGUCAUAUUUUCGCUACCAGGAAGCUUUGAAUCUUGUACCAAACAUGGCUGUGGGAACUUUGUGAGUUGUGUGUCUGAGCUAAAUCAAGGAAGCAACAACAUGUUGGCGUUGGACAACCUUGUGCUGUCUGACAGUGGCAGCUACUGCUGCAGAACCUCCAACGACGACUGUGGACUGGAGCUGAACGUAGUAAGAGGUUGUAUAAAGUCAUUUCUCAUUGAUGUUGAGUUUACACAAGAUCACACACUGGAAAUAAAAGGAGGUACAACAGACGACUGUAUGAAAGCCUGUACGUACGACACGACCUGCCAAUACUUCACAUUUAUUAAAAGCAAAGGACAAUGUUCUCUUAUGGGGUCGAAAGGUCCUCUGAGGAUAAAACGUAACAGCGACGCCAUCUCAGGCUACUCACGCAAACGCUGCUGCACUCCUGAGUUCAUCUACCAAAAUGGGUCAGAAAAGCCAAACGAUGUUCAAGGAAGCCUGAAUCUUCAGUUUCACAAUGAAUCUAAAAGCUGGUUUGAAGCCUUCGGGUUCUGCCGCACACAGAAGCAGACACUGGUUCAAAUCACUAAUGACACAGUGAUGAACAAUGUGACACACCUCCAGCAAAAUGAGACAGUCACACAGAACGGGGUGUGGGUCGGUCUGGAACGCCCCAUCUUUGGCUGUGACACCACCUGGAGGUGGAUUUCAGGAGGAAGUGUUAACACGUCUCAGUGGAACAGCAGCUCUCCUCCAUCCUCCACUAACAAAUACUGUGGGAAGAUAAUCUGGGUGAACGAGACACGAACAAUCAAACUGCUUGAUGACGACUGUUUUAAUAAGUUGCCUUUCAUCUGCCAAGGUUCUACAUAAAUCUUUUGUUGAAUGGACGCUGUUCACUUCAAUUCUUUUUGAAUCGUAUGUUAUUAUUUAUGUUAAUUUUCUAGUUUUCUAUUGCAGCAUCAUGAGAAACAUGAUGAAGUUGUAUGUCUACUGUGGUUCAUGUGUAUAUAUGACAUAUUUUAUUUCCAUUAGUAUAAUUAAUAAAAUUGUCUUUAGCAACAACAUAAAACACCAAAUAAACAUUUAAGAUGAAAAGUGCAAUUACAGCAGAGCAUCACUGCAGAUUACCUGCACUCGACCUCAUUAUUGGCCCAUUAUGUAAAAACUCUACACACAAGCCAAUCAGACAUCAGCACUUGGAGAUUACCAACUCACAUCUUGACCAAAAUGAAACAAUCAAAACGUAACACUCCUUUCUAAAAAUCUAAUUUUUGCAACAAAACCUUACACACAAGCUCCAUUUGAAUCACCUUGUGUGCCGAAUCCACCCUUGGAUUGAUUUGCCCACGUUUUUGGCCAGAUUGAAGCCUGCCUCAUCUACGUAGAUCGUGUGGCAGUUCAGCAGCAUCAAACUCCAUCAAACUCUGCCUGAUGUUCUGCUGUAAUAGUGAUGAUGAAAAUAAGUGCAACCUAAUUAUGCAAAACAAGUCAAAGUGAUUGAUAAAAACUGUAAGCAUUUAGAGAAUUUGUAACAUCCUACACAAACAUUAACUUCACAGAUUUCACCUUUUGACCAUUGCAGUUCCCAUUUGCAUCAAUGUCCAUAAUAGUAAUUCUUACUGGAGAUAUUCUAUAUUUAGCAUUUACUGACUGUUGCACUUCUUGUUAGAAGCUAAACUGCAUUUUGUUCUUCUGCACUUACUGUAACAUUAGUAAUAAAAAUAAACUUUAGUCUAAUCUAAUCUAAAGGUUUCUUUUAUAAAUACUGUAUGUUGUACGUAAAACUCCAGUAUAACAUCUGACUACUGAUUCUGAAUACUGAUAUUUGUGAUGUUUGUCACGAAUGAUGAACAGAUAUCAGCUUUUGUGACCAAACAGCCUCUCACUGUACAUUGUACAGUGUCUCUGAAUGUGGAUUUUCAUAUAACCAGGAUGUGGUUUGUUGCCUUUGGAAAAACAGUUUCAUUUAAAAAAGAAGAGUUUUUCUGUCAAUAUGAAAUUAUAGGUAACAAUAUAAUGACAAGUAGAAACAGAAGCAUCUUAAUUGAAUGUUUUUAUUUAUAUAAUAUUAUAUAUUUAUAUAAUAUAAUAUAAUUUAUUUAUUAUAUUAACGUAACAAACCAACCAAAUUAAUGGACAGACUUCAGUAACUCAGGAGUGGAUGUGGGUGUGUUUAUGUAGAUGGGAAGUAAAUGUCUCUAUAAAGUGAUGGAC